AUGAAGUCAAUAGCAUCUUUUACUGGCCAUAAUACUGGACUCCAGGUCGGUCAGAAUCCUGGGCAGAUCAACAGUCAAUUUUACUAUAAUUACUACAACCAACUAGAUAAUUCAAAGGCCAUUCAUCCUGAGCUUGAUAAGCAGCGAAUUGAAAAAGAGAAGGGUGGCCUUCUUCGAGACUCAUACUGCUGGGUGCUCAAGCAUGAUGAUUUCAAAAAAUGGAGAAACACUGCAGGUGCUCAGAUGCUCUGGAUCAAGGGUGAUCCUGGCAAAGGGAAGACAAUGUUGAUCUGCGGUAUUAUUGAUGAGCUUUCGCAGAAAGCUACCCAAGACAAUAUUAACAUUGCCUACUUUUUCUGCCAAGCCACCAAUAACCGUAUUAACAGUGCCACAGCGAUUCUACAAGGACUUAUUAUCAUGCUUGGGAAGCAACAGCCUCUACUCCAGACCCACAUUCCUGCAAAGUUCCUUGACAAUGAGAAUGGGUGGUUCGAACUACGCGACGUCUUUCGGAAGAUACUCCAAGACCCGGCCAUUAAAAGCACUUACCUCAUGAUAGAUGCACUGGACGAGUGUAUUAUUGAUCAAGAUAUACUUCUUGAGUUUCUGGAAGAGCAUUCAUCAGGUUAUGAACAUGUGAAAUGGAUUGUGUCAAGUCGAAAUUGGCCGAGUAUCGAGGAAUAUCUCGACAAUGCAACAGGAAUCAGACUUCAGCUUGAGCUGAACGAAGACAAUAUAGCUGCUGCUGUUGACUUCUUUAUCAAGUAUAAAGUAGAGGAGUUAUCAAAAAGGAAGAAAUACACCCUGAAAACGAGAGAGAUGGUUGAAAAUCACUUGUUACGAAAUGCAAAAGGAACCUUUCUCUGGGUGGCCUUGGUUUGCAAGCAACUGAAAGAUAUCUGGCCAAGACACCUAAAGAAAAAGCUCAAGGAUUUCCCUCCUGGGCUUGAUGAAUUUUACCGUCGAAUGUUCAGAAAUAUUCAGGAUUUGGACGAUGACACCGAGCUAUGUCUGUCGUUGCUCAGAAUUGUUACAACUGUUUAUCGUCCUAUUACAUUGGAUGAGUUGUCAUUAUAUCUUGAAUCAGAGGACGAAAUCACCAGCAAUGAUCUCGAAGAUGUUGUAAAACUCUGUGGAUCAUUUCUUACUCUGCAAACUUGCACAAUUACGUUGGUUCAUCAGUCUGCACAAGACUUUCUUCAGGCACAUGCAUCUCAAAAUAUCGCUUCUAAUGGGAUACAAGAGAUACACUACUCUAUCUUCUCUAAGUCUUUGAAAGGAGUGCAUGCAAAUUUGAAACGGGAUAUAUAUAAUAUCAAAAAUCAUACACUUCCUAUCAGUGAAGUCAAACAGCCAGAUCCAGACCCUUUAGCUACGAUGCGAUAUGCAUGCCUAUUCUGGGUGGAUCACUUCAACGACUACAUCAGCAGCAAGGGAACAAAUGACGAGAUUCAGAAUACUAUUCUUCUUGAUACUUUUCUUCGCCAGGAUCUGCUUCAUUGGCUUGAAGCUCUUAGCUUGAUCAAAGCCUUGUCAGAAGGAGCUAAAUCUAUAAUAAAACUUGAAGGAUUAUUCAAGGCAAAGGCAGGAGAUACAGAAUUGAUCUGUAGAGUCCAAGAUGCGUACCGAUUUACAAUCUACCACAGACUGAUGAUAGAGGAUUAUCCACUUCAAGUUUAUACUUCUGCAAUGUUUUUCAGUCCACGGAGCAGUAUUACAAGGAGUCAAUUUGAGCCUAAGGAACUAGAGCGGAUAAGUGGGAAACACGUUAUAGAAGAAAGCUGGAGUGCGUGCCUGCAGACGCUGCAGGGCCAUGACCACAGGGUCAACUCGGUGGUCUUCUCACCCGACUCUACAAAGCUCGCCUCCGCCUCCUGCGACAUGACCGUUAAGCUGUGGGACGCCAGCAGCGGCGUGUGCCUGCAGACGCUGCAGGGCCAUGAUGACUGGGUCAUGUCGGUGGUCUUUUCACCCGACUCCACAAAGCUCGCCUCCGCCUCCUGCGACAAGACCGUUAAGCUGUGGGAUGCCAGUAGUGGCGUGUGUCUCCAGACGCUGCAGGGCCAUGAUCACAGGAUCAGGUCGGUGGUCUUCUCACCUGACUCUAUAAAGCUUGCCUCCGCCUCCGACGACAAGACCGUUAAGCUGUGGGAUGCCAGCAGCGGCGUGUGCCUGCAGACGCUGCAGAGCCAUGAUCACGGGGUUACCUCGGUAGUCUUCUCACACGACUCCACAAAGCUUGCCUCCGCCUCCGGCGACAAGACCGUUAAGCUGUGGGAUACCAGCAGCGGCAUGUGCCUGCAGACGCUACAGGGCCAUGAUGACUGGGUCAUGUCGGUGGUCUUCUCACCCGACUCCACAAAGCUUGCCUCCGCCUCCUACGACAAGACCGUUAAGCUGUGGGAUGCCAGCAGCGGCGUGUGUCUGCAUACCCUGGAGAAUAGUGGCAAAUUGGUUCUCAAAUUCGAUAUUAUCAAUUCAUGUCUUCAAACUGACGAAGCCCAUAUUCAGAAGGAUUUGGACUGA